GCACAAAUAUCUAAACAUUCCUAAAUCAAGAUUAGGGUGUUUAUUCUUAAGAUAUUAGAUAUUUGUGCAUGUUUGAUCAACUCUUGUGUUUAAGGUGCUUGAAGACGUUACUCUUGGAGGGAAACCCGAUCACAGCGCUUCCCCCGGAGCUGGGGAAUCUGAUGUCACUGAAGGCUUUGAGUCUGAGGAACUGCCCGCUCACUUUCCCUCCUCGGGACGUUCUGGACCUCGGCCUGCCGAAGAUCCUACAUCACCUGCGAUGUGCUCAACUAGGUGAAGGUGAGAACAACCUGUGAGUGUGUGUGUGUGUGUGCUUGCCAUCUGUGGCUUUGCAUAAAAAGGAUGGCCUGCCUCAAAAAUAGCUCCAUG